CCAUCAAGAUUCAAGAUGUCCUUAGAAACCUUCUCAGGCUAUCUGUCUCACUGCUCUAUCUAGGCAUCUUGAUGUAACCUUUCUCUGAUUCAUCCUUCCCAAAUACGGAAGUCCCGGAAGCGGCUGGCCAAGGCUCAGUUGAGUGACAGCAGGAGAGCGCCGGGGACGCCAGGACCAGACCUCCAUAGCCGAAACACAUCUCGCUUUUUCUUAAGAAAACGUGAGAGCAAACCCCGGAUCCCUUGUCAGAGGUAAUAUUUGGACUGUUGACAUGGAAGCACUGGUUGAGCGUCUGGAGCAGGCAGUAAUUCGUCUGGAGGCGGUGGCGGUUAAACUGCAGAACUGUUCUGGGGGUUUGGUCAACGGAGACAUCAGCAGCAUUAUCAACGGAGGUGAAUCCGAAAGCAUGGAGGCGUUCGACCAUUUGCUGAGUGGUUCAGUGUCUGAAUAUUUGAGGACCAGCGCAGCUAUUGGUGGAGACGUGGCUAAGCAUGCAGAGAUGGUGAGCAAUGCCCUUCAGGUCCAGCGUGCUUUCCUCAAAAUGGCCAUGGCGCAUAAGGAGCCGGCAAAGACAGAGAUGGCUGACCUCCUCAGACCCCUCUCUGACCAGAUCCAGGAGGUCCAGAAUUUCCGGGAGAAGAACCGCGGCAGCAGCCUGUUCAACCACCUGUCUGCCGUGAGCGAGAGCAUCCCUGCUCUGGGCUGGGUGGCUGUGUGUCAGAAACCAGGUCCGUAUGUGAAGGAGAUGAACGAUGCUGCAAUGUUCUACACAAACAGAGUCCUGAAAGAUUACAAAGACACUGACCCCCGUCAUGUUGAGUGGGUUCGUUCCUAUCUGAGCAUCUGGACUGAACUUCAGACCUACAUAAAAGAGUACCACACCACUGGACUCGUCUGGAACAAGACUGGUCCUGUAGCCACUCCCUCACUGUUCAGUGCUCCUUCUGAUGGUCCAUGCCCUCCUCCUCCUCCUCCUCCUCCUCCACCACCAGGUCCUCCUCCGAUGUUCAUGGAUGACAGCCCCAAACCCGAGGACACAGCAGCCCAGCACUCGGCUCUGUUUGCACAGCUCAACCAGGGAGAGGCCAUCACUAAAGGUCUGAAGCAUGUGUCUGACGAGCAGCAGACCCAUAAGAACCCCAACUUGCGCUCUCAGGGAGGGAGGACACAUCAGGGAUCUCCAGCCAAAAGUCAGAACCCCAGCUCGUCUUCCUGUGCACCUGCCAAAAAACAUUCCCCUGUGCUGGAGCUGGAAGGAAAGAAGUGGAGGGUGGAGCACCAGGAGAAGUCUCGUGACCUGGUGAUAGAGGAGACCGAGCUCAGACAGGUGGUUUAUGUCUUUAGCUGCAGCAACUCCACACUCCAGAUCAAAGGCAAAGUCAACUCGAUCAUAGUGGAUAACUGUAAGAAGCUCGGACUCGUGUUUGACAGUGUGGUGGGCAUCGUUGAGAUCAUCAACUCCAGAGACAUUCAGCUGCAGGUAAUGGGAAAAGUUCCUACUAUUUCCAUUAACAAGACUGAGGGGUGCCAUGUCUACUUGAGCAAGGAUUCACUUGACUGUGAGAUUGUCAGUGCCAAGAGCUCUGAGAUGAACGUCCUCAUUCCUGAGGGAGAAGAUGAUUAUAGGGAGUUUCCAAUCCCAGAGCAGUUUAAAACAGUUUGGGACGGCUCCAGCCUGGUGACAGAGCCCACAAAGAUUGCUGGUUAAUUCCUUUUCCAGCUCGUCAUCGCUUUCCUCCUACCCAGAAUUCUUCAUGCACUUUCACUCUAUCACACUGUUAGUGGAGACGGAAGAAUUCAUACAUUGUGGUUGUGAGAGUUGUAGAUUUACUCUCAGAAAAUUCUAAUUAAGAGCAAAAUCUUAGUUCCAUUUCCACAAACCAAUUAUGAAAUAUUUCAACAAAUAGAGAUGGAGAUGUUUCUCCUUAAUUAAAACUACAUUAUAUACAUAUAUUAAUUAUUAUACAUUAAAAGUAAUUACACAUGAUGGCACCAUUAUGUGUGAAUAUGGGAAUUUGUUAGUCAGCAACUCAAAGUACUGAGUUAAAAUAAUGAAUCAAUAAGCAAUCAAAUUUUUACUUAUUCCUAUGACAAUAUAUAAUUUACUUAAAAAUUUCAUUAAUUUAUUAAAGUAUGAAUUUUGUUUGUUUGUUUUUGUCUUUUUUGACAUUAUCAAGUACUUUGUGUUGAUUUCGUAAAUUCUCAUGUUAAAUACAUUUUGGUUCUGUGUAGUAAUAUAAUACAUUUUCAAAAUAUUAUGACUAUAUUUAGCUUGAACUUGUUUCUAUAGAGAAGCCAGGUUUUUAUGUUUUGUGCAGUCACAUUUUACAUUUCCUACAGAUUACAGGUCCCAGAUUCACUUCACAACAUUUUCUUCUGCACAAAAAAACAAAACAAAUGUUUAUUUGGCAAGGUAAACUUGUAUCUUCGGGCUUUGGACGCAGAGGAGAAAAAUCAACGGCUAUUUUACAAUCAAACCUCUUUGAGUGUAAUAAAUGGUCUUUGUUCUGCGAAUGAAUGAGUGCCUUUGGGGGUAUUUUGAUAAGAUUUUAUAUUAUUUUAAUAUAGUUCAAAUAUUGCUUAAUUUUAUCACUAUAUUUCAUUUAUAAUCUCAGACUACUCAUUUCUGAGAUGAACUUUUGGUAGUCAGAUGUUUGUAUUGACAGGCACCACGUCAUUCAACACCAUCAGGACAGUAGUGACAUGUGCUGUGUUAUAACAUUAAGUAAAUAUCAUAGUUCAUGUCCAAAAUAGUUUCCUAGAUGUUCUCACUUUGCACUCACAUAUUUAUAUUGCUUGUAAAUUUACGUGCUUUAAAUGUUUCUUCAACAGGAAGGUCUUGAACACUUCAGCUCAUUUUGAAUGUAUGCCAACAUGUGUUAAUAUGUAGCAUUCUUAAGUCCAUAAAAGGGAAUCAUGUUACAUUUGCUUGGUCAGUAAACAGUUGACAUUUAACUAAACAAUGUAAUGCACAUUUAUAAAUGAUGCUUAAACAAAGUAGAACAUGUACACUGUAUUAAGUCACACAUACCUUAAAUUGUAAUUUACCAAAGUAUUUUCACAUUACCAUAUCCAUUUAAUCAAAUAAAGUAAUUGUGAACUCACUACACUUA